UCACACGUACGACGCGCCUCGCCCUCGCCUCCCUCCACGUGGGGCGUCGCUCCGGCAAUCAGGCUAUGAGGCUCCCCUCCCUUCCUCUAUAACUGCGAGCCUGGCACUGCGCCCAGCUUACCUGGAACAGAGACGGGAGAGAGCGGCUCACGGUUCAUUUCGCUUGCGAGAACGGGCUGAUUACACCUCCCGGCAGGCUCACUCCACUUUGGAGAAGGGAGAGUGAGAGAUGGGGAGGCAGCCGUGCUGCGACAAGGUGGGCGUGAAGAAGGGGCCGUGGACGGCGGAGGAGGAUCAGAAGCUCGUCGGCUUCCUCGUCAGCCACGGCCACUGCUGCUGGCGCGUCGUCCCCAAGCUCGCAGGGUUGCUGAGGUGCGGGAAGAGCUGCAGGCUGCGGUGGACCAACUACCUGAGGCCUGACCUCAAGAGGGGCCUCCUCUCCGAUGAGGAGGAGAAGCUCGUCAUCGACCUUCACGCGCAGCUCGGAAACCGGUGGUCCAAGAUCGCGGCGCGGCUCCCGGGGAGGACGGACAACGAGAUCAAGAACCAUUGGAACACCCACAUCCGGAAGAAGCUUCUCAGGAUGGGCAUCGACCCCGCCACCCACCUGCCAUUGCAGGAGCCCCCUGCUCCUCCCGUGCAAGAGCAGGAGCAGCAAGAGGCACCGCAACUGCAAGAGCAGCAGCAGCAGCAGAACGAUGGUGAGGUCCUGCAGGAGGACGCAGAGGAAGAGGACCUCCCGAUGAUCCAGCCGCACGAGAUCACGGCGCCAACCCUGCCGCCUCAGGCGGCGGCCAGCAACUGCGGCUCUGUUUCCUCUGCAUCCGCCUCGGUGUCAGUGGUCUCGCCGUCCUGCUCCUCCUCGGCCUCGGCGGUGUCUGGCGUGGACGUCACGGCGUGGCCGGAGCCCAUGUACCUGUUUGGCAUGGACGGCAUCUUGGACGCUGGCUGGGGCGGCCACUUCCCCGGCAGCGGCGGUGGUUUGAGCGUCGAUCCGUUCGACCAAUACCCCGGCAGUGGCUUCGAUCAAGACGACUGGAUGUGAAAUGAUUCCUGCAACGCGCAUAUAUUCGCCGCUAGCUUCCUGUCGCCAACUCCAUCGAUAUCUCUCGGUAGCUUAGCCUAGCUUAGCUUCCAUGUUUUCUUAGCUUUCUUUGGAGUGCGCGUGGCCAUGUCCAUCGAUCCAUGCUCGAUCGUCGUUGAACUGGAUCAGAUGUUCAUAAAAAAAACUUGAAAAAAACUCAGGUGCGAAGAACUUGAUCGUGCUGUUGACGUGACGCGUUUGAUUCAGCAAAUUCGGUGCAAAUGGAUGCCAGUCUCCAGAGCUGUGCGUGACGCCGCGUGCGUGAGCUGGGUUGUGUCAGCUUCCGAGUUCUCAUGCGGCGGUGCUCCAGAUUUUCUCCGGGCGGCUGAUGGUGUUGAUUGUCACGACGCGCGUACGUGGCGCGUCGCCGCUUCUUUGACCACUAGCAUGCACGCCGAAUCGGGAUUCUACUUCACAGGUAUACCGUGUUGCACCGUAGUUUACCAUUUUUUAUGUGUUUGGAAAUGUGCGCCUAUCUACAGCCACCGGUUAACAAGAGAUGUCGUCAGGCCAAUCCUUAGAGCUUUGACCUCUAUUCCACUUGUAAGUAUUAAUACAUUGAUCAUCAAAAUUAUUAUUUUCUCUAUUA